GGGUUGAGGCGAGCGCGCGGGAUCUGGGCUCAGUGUAGUGGCAACGAUUCUUGGAUGCAGACACGCCCUCUCAUCUGCAGACACCACAGUAGUUCACUGGAGUAGUUACCGAAACGGACCACGUGGCCGGGGAUCCGUGAGGCGGCAGUAGAAGAAGCCUGAACACGAUGAUCAACCCUCCCGCCAGGGGAUACCUCAGUGAUACGUCAACGCCUUGUCGGAGCAACACUCCAACAACCUCCCUGUACAGUCAGCAGUGCAGCGUCUGGAUUCGCACCUCGUUUGGAUUAAGCGCCGGCCGCGUCGACUGUGCAUUAUGGAGGGGAGUUCGGUCGUGUACUUGCCCACCACGGAGAAGGAGCCUCCGCGCAACCCCUCCUUCGCCUUUCUUAGCGAAAACAACUUCUCACUCUUGAGACCCAACAAGACAGGGCUCCUCCGCGGGCCCCGUCGUGUGCUGCGGCUGUGCGUGUUCGUGCUGGUGCUGCCCGCCGCCCUCAUCACCAUCCCCCUGUACGUGCGGCUGGUGUUAUACCCUCCUGCGCAUUACCCUAUGAUGCCCACUGACCAGCGGCUUCUCAGCGGCCACGUCUCCUCCUUCUGGUGCCAGGCGCAAUACACGCACAUGAAUGGUUCUUUUGACGCUUACCACGCGGCCGGCGACCCCCUAGUCAGUGACACUCGACGCAGCCAUAUCAUGCUCCAAAACCUGAAACUCAAGGACGACAUCAAGGAAUACUGGGGCUUCUAUUUCCUCAAGGGAACCACUGUCACCUUGUCAACGUGCGCAAAGUGGGACGGAGGGCAGCUGAUGGUGCUCCGCGGGGUGGAGAACCUGCGUCGGUGUGCGUGGAUCGGCGAGAAGGACUCCGCCGAAGACAUGGCGGAGGACGACGACCCUUUGAGUCAGGAGAAGGCCAUCCUGUUGGAACAGCACGACCCUCAUAACGGCGUUGACAGGAAUCCAGAUAGUUUGGGAAUACCUGGCGCGACUCCUGUUAAGAAGCAGCAGCAUGGCGACGGACAAGAGAUAGAAGUGGAGGGGAAUCAGCAUGCAAAAGUUACAGAGGAUAAUGCAGCAGAGAUAGAGAGCGACGCAGGAAACGUGAAAAGUAAUGCAAAUGUAGAACUGAAUGCCGGUGAUACGCACGGGAAUAAUGACGAGUCUGAAGCAACGUCUGCUCCUAAACACGCCUCCGAGGAAAGGAAGAGGGGCCUCACCGAGCUCCUUCGACAAGCCAUUAGAAUCAGCAAAGGCAAAAAGGAAAUUCUUAAAAUCCUCCAUAAAGAAGGUAAACAUCCCAACAAGUCGUAUCGUAACAGUGAGAGCGACAAAAACAUGGGAUCCGUGGGUUUAACAGACAUAGAGGUUAAUUUUGAUAAAGGCGUGAAACCAGGCGACGCCUUGAGAGAGGCUAAAAGCGCAAAGCUGAAAGACGAGACACUGAAUGGCAAGCGCAAGCGAGGCGGCGACAAGAAGAGGAGACGCAAGAAGGGCAAUCGCCGAGACGAAAACCUCACCGAGGAGGACCUGCCCCAAGAGUCGAAACAUGAACGUCUUAGAAGAUCGCUGCAGCAAGAAGAUCUCGACGGCGCCUUCGAAGAUGAAGUGGAUGACAUGCUGGCGGUAUUGAAGGAGCCGCAGCAGCGCAACGUAACAGCGGAGACCUCUGUGGGGGCACAGAUCUUUUAUUCCGAAGGUCUGAAGUUCGAGCGGGGAAUGUUCAACCAGUCGACGGCCAAUGACAACUCCAGGGAGGAGCAUCGGUCUUCCUAUUCCAGUAGCGAGGAGGCGCUAGCGAGCUGCGAAGGGGUGAUUCUGACCCUCCCGCUUGUACCAUACAAGAGCUGCGACUACCGAAAUGUAGCCCUCAAUAAGAUCGUAUACGACAUACCAGUCACCGGGACCUAUUACUUCGUUUUUUCCAGCGACAAUGAAAUAUACAUCAACGAUUUGUAUUUUAACUUGACUAUGGAACGCGUGGUGUAUGACGUCGGGGAGCGAGAGAAGGUCUGCGGGAACGCCACCGACUGCUCCCUUCCGCUGAACUUUUGGUCAGACGACCAAAUGGUGGUAGACGUACCACAGGCACAAGGCUGGGACCACGCCUACCUCCUUGAUACCAAAUGCGAACCUCGGGUCUACGUCUACCUGAUAUUAAUACUCUUUGUACCCCUGUUGAUCAUGUGCUGCGCUUUCCACUAAACCUUCAAGUGCCCUUGCGACUCAUUUGGUCCUAUGGUAAGGGAAGUACUUGAAAUUAAUAUUAAGUAUUAGAUGUUACGAAAUAAACACGUGAUACAAUGUGAUAGAGGCAUUGCUCUAAUGAUUAAUCUUAAGUGAUCUGGUAGGCGGACGUUAAACACACUUGCAAUAGUCUCUCGCUGAAUUCAAGAUAUUAUAAACGGACGUAUAUGUAUGGGAAUGAUUAAUGCUGAACACAAACUGUAAGUAAAGCAGCGAAGAGAUGAACAGGAAAAGCACAAAUAAGCCUUUUCGCUUUAUUACUGCUCCAGGUCCUUGAAGAAGUGCCUCGAAAAGGCAUAUCCAUGUGUGUUCCUGUUCUUUCCUUCGUUGUUUCAUUUACGCAUGUGUAUGUUUUUGUUAUUACACAUCUCAAAGCAUCACAUUUUCUGCGCCUUUGUCAUGUGAAUGGGAAUUCAUAUAAAGUUGAAGAAUGACCAGCUGUGAGUAUUUUUUCAGGAAUGUUGUGUAUCACAAUAUUUUGACUAUUUUAAGAAAAGAAUUGUAAGGUACUGAUGUAAUGCAAGCUUAGGUUAUCUACCAUAAGUAUGUGCAUAUAAAAUGACUUAUAAUGAUAAAGAAAUGACGAUUUGUAAAGACAAAGUCCAGAAGUUAUAACUUCAUUUAUAAACCGUUACAGUUUAUACUGAUAUCUAAGAUGAGUAGUUUCUGUAAUAUAUUCAUAUGUGUACAAUGAUAUUCUGUGAUAUAGCAUACGGCUGUGCAACUGCUCCUAUGCUCCUCUUGGUGUAUUUGCCUGUAUAUCGUAUGCCUUUGCUAAUAUUUUAUCCUAAAACCCUCACGAAUGAAACCGAUAAUUAGGAAAUUAUAUUUUCAGGGAUAAUUUCAGUGUUGUUCCUUUAAUUAAAAUGCCAAAAGCAUU